CUGGUGGCAAGGAGCAGCAAGGAGGGCGGAGCUGAGCAGAGCAGACGCCAAGAUGGGGCGACGCACGGGUCUGCUGGCCGUCUGGUUGUUGGUGGUGGCGUGCUACCUGGCACCUCUUUCCGCUGCAAAUGUGGAUCCCAACAUCGUCAAUACGAGAGUCGACAGAAAGCUAGACCUGGCCACACAAACCGUGCGCAUCUCCUCCACCAUCAAGUUUGAGAACCGCGGCUCGACACCGGUGCGCUCGUACCUCCUGGCGCUGGCCCCAUCCGAGGCCGCGCACCUGGCCUUCAUUGGUGCUACUCAGGGCAAGGGUCGUUCUCAGACCACUCUGGCCGUGGAGGCCGUAGCCGGCAUCCCUGGGGUCCCUUCCUCGCUUAGCCUCUAUGAAGUGGCCCUCACGCGCCCUGUGGGGGGUGGGGAGUCCGCGACGCUUGAGGUGGUAAGCGUGCACACGGGCGCGGAGGUUCCGUACCCCGCAGAGAUCACACAGUCGGAGGAGCAGCUGGUGCUGUACACAGGGAGCCUGCACCUGGUGUCGCCGUAUGCGACUGCCAGCGAGAGCAGCAAGGUGGGGCUGCCAACCAGCUUGGUCAAGGCGUACACCAAGGCGGAGCCCGUCAAGAAGUCCGGGACCGAGAUCACGUACGGGCCCUACAGCGAUGUGGCGCCGCUGUCCGUUGAGGAGCUCAGGAUCCACUUUGAGAACAAUUCGCCGUUUGCGGUGGCGGACCUGGAGCGAGAGAUCGAAGUCAGCCACUGGGGCAACGUCUAUGUCACGGAGAACUACAAGAUGCGCAACGCAGGGGCCAAACACAAGGGCACUUUUUCAAGGUUCGAGUACCAGGCGCGCCCCGGCAUGAGCGGCCAGAACGCGAUCCGGGAGCUGCUGGCGCGGCUGCCCCCGCGCGCCAACAGCAUCUACUACCGCGAUGAGAUUGGCAACAUCUCGACCUCCCAUGUCCGCUCGACCAGCAGAGUGACGGAGGUGCAGCUGGAGCCGCGGUACCCGCUGAUGGGCGGCUGGAAGACGGAGUUCACGCUGGGCUACAGCCUGCCCCUCGCCGACUUCUUGUUCCGCGCCAAGGACGGCCGCCGCGUGCUCAACAUCACCUUCGGCUGUCCCCUGCGUGACGUCGUCGUUGAGGACCUCACCGUCAAGGUGAUCCUGCCGGAGGGGUCCACCGACCUGACUGCUUCGGUGCCGUUCCCGGUGGCACAAGCGCGCGACGUGCGGCUGACGUACCUGGACACGGUGGGCCGCCCCGUGCUGGUGCUCAAGAAGAGCACCGCCGUCAUGGAGCACAACCAGCACUUCCAGGUGUCGUACCGUUUCCGCGGCGUGGCGCUGCUGGCGGAGCCUCUGCUUCUGGUGGCCUUCUUUUUGGCGCUGUUCCUGGCCAGCAUGGCCUGCCUGCGCGUCGACCUCACCAUCGCCAAGUCCUCCGCCUCCUACCAGGCAGACCUCCACCGCCACAAGGUGCGUGAUAUCUUGGCGCGCUUGGCGGCGCUCCUGACUGCGCGCGCCACCGAGGCGGACAAGAUCGAGGCCGCCCUGAAGGAGCUGAGCCGCAGCGGGGACGUGGGCGCAGCACGCGCAGCGCGCAAGGCGGUGGAGGGCAGCCUCAAGGACUCCGCCAAGAGCGUCAAGGCCCUCCAGGACGAACUGGACGGCGCGGGGGACGCCAAGGCCGCCGCCAAGGCCGCCGCAGUGGUGGCCAAGGAGCAGCAGAAGGUGACGGCGCAGGCGCAGCUGGCGGAGACGGCGGUGGCGGUGUGGGAGAAGAAGCUGGCCGCCAAGGACGGCGAGCAGCGCAUGGCCGCGCUACAUGCGCGGAUAAAGGCACUCAAGCAGGAAGUGCGCGACGCCAUCCAGGCGCUCGAGGACUAGCUCGCAACAUGGGAGCGGCUAGCCUAGACGAAUGGAGAGGCUGCGUGGACGCAGUCCAAGAAUGAGUAUUGAGUUGGUUGAGAGAUGAGUUUUGGUAGCGUCCCAAAGUUGUGUGGUCGUAUGGAGUCGAAGACCAGGAUCGGAAUUGAUACAAACUUUGCUUCAAAGACGCGAAGAUACUUGGGGACCAACUUUUGCAUCGCUGUUUACAUGAAAGCAUGCCAAC